CAAGAAGUUUGGCUAAUAGGUGUUCCUAAGCAAUCUGACUUCAAAAAUAUGACAAAUUUUAAGCAUGGGAGAAGAAGAAACCCUAAAACCACAAUUUGGCGCCAGAUUUCAAAACCACACGAGAAAUUCCCACCCACUGUUUUUGUUUUCCCAAAUCCAAAACCUUCUUCAUUCUUACCUCACUUUGCCCUAUAAAACCAUCUCGUCUUUCUUGUUCCAUAUUUUUAAUUUUUCUUCCCCAAAUUCUGUCCCUAUUGCUAAUUAAGUACGUUCUCUGUGCUAUCUGCACUGAUCGAUCUCUCGUUCUCGGUCCUUUGGCCAUGACACAUGGUAUAAAGUCGCUCGAUGUAUCGACGGAAUUGCCUGAAAUCGAAGGCAAUCACCCGGAAGCUUGUGGGUCCAAGGAGCAAGAUGGAGGCGGCGAUGUUCUGCCACAGGAAAAGGAGAAUGUUUUGGAAAACCAAGAAGCCGAAUUUGGAGGCCGAAACGGCGAGAAACUGGAAGGAAUUGAAAUGAGAGGGACGGAAAUUUGUGGUUAUGUGGACGAAAUGGAAGGUGGGUUUAUAGAUAAUAAAUUACGUACUAAGAUUGGGGAAGUGGAAACUGAUCAGAAAGGGAAAGAACGUAGUGAGAAAGCAGUAGAAAAUUUUGAUUCUGGUAAGGACGGAGGUAGUAUGUUGGUGAAGAAGCGUGGUAGGAAGCCAAAGAAACAGGAGGAAACUGAGCAGAAAGGGAAAGAAAGUAGUGAGAAAGCAGUAGAAAAUUGUGAUUCUCGGAAGGACGGAGGUAGUCGGUCGGUGAAGAAGCGUGGUAGGAAGCCAAAGAAACAGGAGGAAACUGAGCAGAAAGGGAAAGAAAGUAGUGAGAAAGCAGUAGAAAAUUGUGAUUCUCGGAAGGACGGAGGUAGUAGGUCGGUGAAGAAGCGUGGUAGGAAUCCAAAGAAGAAGGAGGAAACUUUGCAGAAAGGGAAAGAAAGUAGUGAUAAAGCAGUAGAAAAUUAUGAUUCUGGGAAGAACGAAGGCAAUAAGUUGGUGAAGAAGCGGGGUAGGAAGCCAAAGAAAAAGGAUGAAACUUUGCAGGUUCAGGAGGCUGAGCGUGGAACUGGUGAACAGAGUGGUGAAAAAGUGGAAAAGCUUGAAGAGGAAAGCUCACAGAAUGGUCAGGCGACAGAAGAGAAAGGUGAAGACGAAGGGGCUGAUGCGGAGAAUAUUUGUAGAAAGGGUAGAAAGAAAGGAAGCAGAAGUGGCGGCAAAGUUUCAGGCUUAAAGCAGAGACAAAAUGGGUUUGUGUUUCAGAAAGGAAAAGAAGAUGAUGAGGAAUUGCAAGAUAAUGCUGGAAAAGAUGAGGAAAAUCGAAACAAUCUAAAAGGAAAGAAAGAAGCGAUGUUUAUUGAUAAUCAAGAAGACAAAGAAGUAGAGAAUGAAAUAGAUGGUAAAUUAGAUGAGAAAAGUGAAGUUUUUCUGAAGCAGGAAGACGAAGUUUCUCUGAAGGAGGAGGGUAUAAAGCCUAGGAAGAGGGGAACUGAUUUGGGAAAUCAGGAGAUGGAUACUGAGGAAGCGCAGGAGAAUGGUGUUUCUGUGGAAGUGAAUGGAAAUUCUUACAGGAAGAGACUGAGAGCUAAUGGGAAAAAGGUUAGCUAUGCUGAUUACGAUGAAGAAGAUGAAGAGGUUUCAGUCAGGAAGAAGCGUGGUAGGAAGGGGAGGAACAGGACUACAGUAACAGGAAAAGAAGGUUCAGAAAUAGAGGCAGUUAAUGACAAUGGAGAUUUGACUGAAGGAAAUGGAAAGGAAGUCAGUGGAAGAGGGCCGCAAAAAAAUACAAAAGAGAAGGAUGAUGGUGGAAGGAAGUCUCUAACAAUCAACAGUGGCAUGGGUUGUUCUUUGCGCGAUCUGAAAGUGUUGCAGCAAGAUAUGAAGGACGUUAAAAUUAACAAGCACAGUAAAGAGUUUACUGCGGAGGUUUGCUUAAUGUGCCAUCAGUGCCAGAGGAAUGAUAAAGGCCCAGUUGUUCGGUGUCAGAAAUGCAAGAAGAAGCGUUAUUGCAUCCACUGCUUGGAUAACUGGUAUCCUAAGAUGACAAAGGUUGAAGUUGCUGAUGCUUGUCCAGUUUGUCGUGAAAAUUGCAAUUGUAAAGCUUGCUUGCGUGAUACACCAAAUGAAUUCCUGAAUAAACUCAAGAAAAUGGUCGGCACUGAUGAUAGAAAAGUACUGCAUUCAAAGUAUUUGGUCCAAGCACUUCUCCCAUACCUGAAACAGUUAAAUGAGGAACAAAUGGUGGAGAAAAAGAUUGAAGCUAGGAUACAAGGUACUUUUGGUAUAUCACUUGCAGAGUUAGAGAUACAAAAUGCUAAUUGUCCUAAGGAUGAACGCAUGUAUUGUGACAACUGUGGAACCUCCAUCUUUGAUCAUCACCGAAGCUGUUCAAACUGCUUUUCUGAUCUCUGCCUUGUCUGCUGCCGAGAGAUUCGUGAUGGACACCUACAGGGUGGUGGGGAGGAGGUGGUUAUGGAGUAUGUUAGCAGAGGAUUUGAAUAUUUGCAUGGUGGAGAGAGCAAAGUUAUUUCACAAGAUGGGGUGCCACCUGGAACUACCUCUGAGGAUUCUCUGAGGUCAAACAUUGGAUGGAAAGUGAAUGAAGAUGGAAGGAUUGUUUGUCGUUGUGGUUUUGGAAACCUAGACCUGAAAUGUUUGUUUUCAACAAAUUGGGUUUCAGAGUUAGUAAAGAGAGCAGAAGAUGUUGCACAAAGAUAUGAACUUGACAUGGCUAAUACAAAUGUUGAAUGUGCAUGUUUUAAUUCCUUAGGAGAUGUUGACAUAGGAAGUAAUCAGUUGCUAAAAGCAGCAUCUCGUGAGGAUUCUGAUGACAAUUAUUUAUACAAUCCAAGGGCCAGUGAUAUCAAAAAAGAGGAUUUGAAGCAUUUUCAAUACCAUUGGAUGAGAGCUGAGCCUGUGGUAGUUAGUAAUGUUCUUGAAACUGGAACUGGCUUAAGCUGGGAGCCAAUGGUCAUGUGGCGUGCCUUCCGCCAGAUAAGAAAUGAAAAACAUGAUACACUUUUGGAUGUGAAGGCCAUUGACUGUUUGGACUGGUGUGAGGUAGAUAUUAAUGUUCAUCAAUUCUUUAUGGGAUACUUGCAUGGUCGAUUUGAUGCGAAAAAUUGGCCUCAGAUAUUGAAAUUGAAAGACUGGCCUUCAUCUACUAUGUUUGAUAAACGUUUGCCACGACAUGAUGCUGAAUUUACAUAUUGUUUGCCUUUUAAGGAGUAUACACAUCCUCAUGAUGGACCUUUGAACCUUGCUGUCCGAUUACCUAAGAAAUCUUUGAAGCCAGAUAUGGGGCCGAAGACAUAUAUUGCUUAUGGCUGUGCUCAAGAGCUUGGGCGUGGAGAUUCUGUAACCAAGCUUCAUUGUGACAUGUCUGAUGCGGUGAAUGUUUUAACACAUACAGCUGAAGUGACCCUUAAACCUGCAAAACUUGCUAAGAUAGAAGAACUGAAAAAAUUACACGAAAAGCAAGACCGAAGAGAAAUUUUUGGAAACAAUCAGGUCAAAGAGGAAGAUGUUGAUGGAGAAAUGGAUGGCAGUUUGUGUGGCAGCUUACCUACAACUGACAAGGAAACUAGGGAAGAUAACAACCAAAGUGAGGGUAGCAGACUGUCAAAUUGUGGAAAUGUGUCGCUGCAGCCAGAUGAGGGAGGUGCAGUUUGGGAUAUUUUCCGAAGAGAAGACGUUCCUAAGUUGCAGGAAUAUCUUAACAAGCACUUCAAGGAAUUUAGGCACAUUUAUUGUUGCCCAUUGCAGAAGGUUGUGCAUCCUAUACACGAUCAGACCUUUUAUUUGUCUCUAGACCAUAAGAGGAAGCUAAAAGAGGAAUAUGGUAUUGAGCCAUGGACAUUUGUCCAGAAACUUGGAGAUGCAGUCUUUAUUCCUGCAGGUUGUCCUCAUCAAGUGCGAAACUUGAAGUCAUGUAUAAAGGUAGCAUUGGACUUUGUUUCACCGGAAAAUGUUGGUGAGUGUAUUCGUUUGACAGAGGAAUUUCGUUUACUUCCCCCAAAUCAUCGGGCUAAAGAAGACAAGUUGGAGGUGAAGAAAAUGUGUCUUUAUUCUAUGGAUUGGGCUGUGGAAGUUUUGGAGCAUGGUGGAGAGCCAAAGAAAACAGAAAAUGAGGAAAAGGCAACUGCAAAGAAACAGAGAAGGAAGAAACGAAAAUCAUUAGGGUGAUACACAUGCUCGUUAUCUAUGCCCUUAUUGCAGCAGCAUUGUAUUAUAUCCUUGCUUCUGGCAGAUGGUUGUUCCUUAGUAUUAUGCUAAUGCUCUUUGAUCUACUGUUCUUUGGUUUGUAGUUUACCCAUGCCACCAGAAACUCGUCCUUUAGGCUACGAAAACGACAAGCAAUUUAGGCAACCAUGGGAACAAAUCGUCUUAACUGUUAGAAAUAUUUUGUUUAGCAUAUAAAUCAUUAUUAUAAAUCUUACCUGUCUAAAUCUCUAGUUAUGCUGAAGAUUUUCUUUCUUGUGGGAACAAUUGAGCCAAGGAUGAAUUGUGCAGUCUAUUUCUCAAGGAAGUGGAACAUGGGACAAAAUGUUUUUUUACGAGCUACACUAGAUAAAUGCAAUGUAUUUAUUUGGGUUUUAUAAACUAUAUAAUGAGAAAUUAUUGCUAA